GUAGAUCUAAAACUGCUACCGAUCAGGUUAAGCCGAAUGCAGCGUAUCUACCCAGUACGUUUAUAUGUUAAGACCUGAUCGGAACCUGCCCUCCACUGUGAUCGUAUGCCACUUGCACAGCGCGUGCCAUGCAUCAUGGAUCAGCAUCGAAGCACCUUCGGCGCGGUUUUCAACAGGUGUCUCAAUGGGUCAGACCCAUUUUAGUGUCUUGAUCUAGGGCGGCUGUUUCUGCCGCAGCUUUCAAAUCAGGACAUUGGGGCGAACGUGCUAAAAGUUGGCGUUAUCUUUAGACAUCAUCCAGGCAUCCCUACGAUUGAACGUAUCUGGACCUGCGCCACCGCGCCACGGUCUGAACACUACGGAAGAUACCUGCAGCGUAGACUGGAUUCCAUCUUAAACAGGAACGAUUUGUCCUGCAAGGUACUAGAACAAUGUUGGUAGGUUCGUCUCUCUGGGGGCCUCUUCUGGUCCUCGCCGGGGUGACCGCAGUAGCCCACAGUCGUUCAGCAUCUAACUUGAUAGCUACAGCUAUGGGCAGGGCGAGCGCAGCACUUCACGCCAGGGGUGAUCACAUAUGUAGUUAUAAGCCUCCACGGUUACAGGACCCGCUGCCUCCGAUAGACCUCGGAGAGCAUCGGAUGCGCAGGCGCAAACGAAGACACGAGGCACCGCCACUAAGAAUUCGUUACUUUUAUCACAACGAGAGCAUAAGCAGAUUAGACCCGGAAAAGUUCCGCCUGAUAAACGAGCGUAUCCUACCGCAAGCUGUUGAAUACUGGAGUACGCAUCUUCGGCCGCGCUAUCCACUCACAGUUCCGGCAAGGUUAAACAGACGCUGUCCAGAAGAUAAAGUGUUCUUCGUACAAGGGGAUCCAACACCGUUCUGCCGGGAGCGCUGUGAAGCCGUCAGCCUGUGUGGGGAAGUUCCGGUACCCGCCGAACAUUUGGGGCCUUGCCGCGUAUGUAACUUCUCGGGUUUGAACUGUCAAGUUCUUCCCGACGAAGCGACGAACGAGGCCGCGCGGAAUGUAACCGUACAAAAGGGUGUACCAGAUGCGGAUUUCGUUCUGUAUGUAUCCGCAAUCGAAGGCGAAAAAUGCACUCAGGGGGAAACAAUCGCAUACGCAGUUCACUGUCAGCAGGAAACGGACUUCGACCGUCCGAUUGCCGGACACGCUAACCUCUGUCCUUCAACGCUACUUCCUGACGAACAGCAUAUUCGUACGCUUUUAUCUACUGUAAAACACGAGGUGCUUCAUGCGUUGGGCUUUUCCGUAAGCUUGUUCGCGUUCUUUCGAGAUGAUGACGGCAAACCACUCAGUGAACGAAUUACGGCUACCGGACGGCCGGAUAUUGACGAGGAGUUAAUGGUUCACCGAUGGAAUGAUCGAAUUGUGCGUAGCGUUGACAUGCCCUGGUUGACAACAGCUGGUCUCUUAACAAAGAAACGCUACUACGUCGUUACCCCACGGGUGCAACAAGCAGUUAGAGAGCACUUCCGUUGCUCUGAUCUCAUAGGCGCUGAACUUGAAGACCAGGGGGACGAUGGAACACGUUUGACGCACUGGGAAAAGCGAUUGUUUGAAAAUGAAGCUAUGACUGGCACCAACACACAGAACCCGGCCUAUUCACGCAUAACCUUUGCAUUGAUGGAAGACACCGGAUGGUAUUGGGCGUCUUCCGGUUAUGAUCCGCUUCAAUGGGGUCGGAAUCUUGGCUGCAAUUUUACCAACAUGUCCUGUUACGAGUGGAUGAGAUUGCGCCGUUUGCAGGGCCAAAGCCCUGCGCCCUAUUGUGAUUCUGUUAAAAGAAAUCCACUACGUACAACAUGUACAGCUACCCGAAGCGCUGUCGCGCUCUGUAAUCUCGUUCAUUACUUGACAAAGCCUCUUCCGAAAGAAUAUCGAUUUUUUGAGCAGAUCGAUGGAAUCGGUGGCGACUACGCGGCAAGUUUUGGUGGUUCCGUCGCACUUGCUGAUUAUUGCCCUUUUGUUCAGGAGUUCACUUGGCAGAAUUCGGGUCGGAACAGCGAUUGUUCGUAUGAGACUAAUCAGCCAGAUAGGGGUAAAAAUUUUGCCCUCGAACGAUAUGGCCAACAUUCAGCUUGCUUCGACACCGGACGCUGGAAAGAAUCGACAUGUGAGCAAGUCCGACACUGGCAAAGUUGGGGCUCUGCAUGUUAUCAGUAUCGUUGUCAUGAUGGCCUACUUGAGAUAAUUCUAAGCUCAAAUGCGUCCAUUCGUUGUCUCUACAAUGGGCAGAAGUCCUAUGUUCGAAUUGUCGAUGAAGAUGCAUGGCUACACACGUCACACAUCGUAUGUCCGGCCUGUGAAGAGCUUUGCUCUCCGGAAGAAUGUCGACCCGUCGAGGAACUGGAUCUGGUUAACGCGAUCGAUUCGGACGAAACAGCUUACCAGCAGAGCCUGAAAUGUUAUGCCUCGCCUCUGGCGCCGUCGGCAUGGCUUGGAGCAGUCUCUUCGUUACUGCUGUUGACUGCAGGGACGAUCUGACGUUGCGAAGAUCAUAACCAAAGGCCCGAGUCCUUAUGAAGCGAAACCGAAAUGCCGAUAGAGCAACCACGAUGUUGAUGAACUCGAAAUCGGACAUCCCUCAGGUACCAAAGGAAGAAGAGAUCGUAGCUGUGUGAAUAACAAAGCAGACAGCCCUGACUUGCCUAGUGUCACUGACUUGACGUUUGGCGGGAUGGAACUAUAUAAGGGAAUACCAUGUAGAAAUAUUAUUAUUAUUAUUAUUAUUAUAUUAUUAUUAUUAUUUCAAAUAGAAAGCCUAACGAAGACAUCCUAGUAUAGUAUAAUAGAGAUUUUUGUUAUUUUCUAGAUUGAUUUUGCGCAAACAAGUUAGUUUGGUGAAAAAAAAAAAGCUGCAUUAACCGAAAUGCACGCGGUAGCGUAAUUCCGGUGUUUUCGAGCAAGUACGUGUGUAAACACGUGUACAGAAGUGCUAUGACUCUCCCAAAGAGCAUAAUGGGACGCAAUUUGUAUAGUAUUAUAUUCUACGAAGGGCUGGAGUGCGCCUGCUCAACUGAGAAUACAAAUAACAGGACACAACCAUAAUGUUAGGAUGAAUUUAGCAAGUUUUAAUGGGACAGCAAACCCUUACCGUCGAAAUGUUACGAGGAAAUAAUUUCAAAUAAUUUUAUUAGCAAAUAAACAACGAGCAGCUUUAGUUGUUACGAUUUAAUUUUCUUUGUCCGCUUUUGUGAUCGUAAUUCCAUUCAAUUUCUGGCUCAGUUAUUAUGAGUAAUUCUAAAUAUAGUAGUACUAUAAUUUAUCAUUUAUUAUUGUCAUUAUAUUUAUGGCCUUCCUUUUGCCAAUGCCAGAGAGAUUUCAUUCAUAAGGGUAGCCUGAAGAGCGUACGCGAAAGGGCAGCACCUAAGCCCGCUAUGCACAGACAAUGCUUAAUAACUAUAUAAUCAUAAUAAUAUAGAUUGAAUAUUCUACCUAUGGUAAGGGCGGCGGUAGGGGCUAGUAAAAAGCUAGCUAGACUUGUAUGAAAACAACCUAAUCGAAGUUGCCAGUAUCCGAGAAGUUAUAUUUACCUGUGUUGCUACACGAGAUAAAGUAAACCCGAAUAGAAAUGAAUAACCCAUCAUAACAACCUCUUUCAGAAACAAUUAUUUUAAGUGGGAGUUGCGUCUGAGCCAAUCUUCUGAUUAUGUAUGUCUGUGUUCUAGCAUCAGUAGAUCGAUAGAGUAUAGCAAGAUCAGAUAGUUUGUGUUGGCGGUAACAAACAUGCAAAUACUCGCGCUUCGUGCUAUUCUAGUGUUUUAAAUCGUCAAGCCAUUCUACGGACUACGGGACGGAAGUGAAGAAACGAAUUGUUCCUAUAACACAAAUAUACGUUAUACUGUUUUUUUUUCCAUGGACAAAAAUUGACUACGACCUCAUUUUAGGAGCACACAGCUAUCGUGUAGGACGUUUCAGGUCGUUUCCGUCGGCUCUUUGUGUUCCUAUCAACACCUUGCCGAAUGGCAUUGUCGUACAUAAAAUAACCAUAUACACUGAAUAAUAGUUAUUAUGUUAGAACGUAGGUGAUAGAAGAACUCCACUGUAACACCAAUAAAAUACAUUGCCGCUUUUGAGCAAUAAUAUCUGUAAGAUAUAUAUAUAUAUGUAUAAUAUAGUUGUGACGCUAUAGAUUCAUCUUCGUCAGUGAUUUUCUAUUUAUUUUCAUCUUAUAAAAUACGGUGCUAAGAACAGUAAGCAAGCUUUGCCCCGCCGCAGCUAACUAACCCAUCGCAAUGUUAUAGAUAACGUAGUAUAGCGUCGUUAUUGCGAAGCGUCCUGACAGCAGGAAUUCGGUAGCUAAGAAAAGUAAGAUUAUUAUCUCAUUAAUCAUUGUACUAUCGUACGACUUCACGGAAGUACGUAAAGCUCGUUAAGAAGACUCGAAGAACAUACCUCACUACAAACAUCCCAUACGUAAACUAUUGUGUAAUUGCGUUGCGUCAAUAGCUGCCAUGUUUAAACGAGGAAUAUAUUUUUGGAGGAUAAGACGAUUUUCUAAAUGUUAAAUUGAGUCCAUUUAAUAAAAACAACGUAGUUAAUAAACAGUGUGUACAUUUAAAGAAAUCCUCCUAUAAAAAUAAUAACCCAAUAAAAAUAAUAAAG